AAGAAAAGCUAAUGAGCGAUUGUACCUCCUCCCCCUUGCCCUCAACGCACACAUGGUCCCUGGGAGCAAAGCUAUUUGAUCUCUCUUCAAGUUUUACAGCUGUGCCCACAUUGCUGGCCCUGUGAUAAGCCGUAAUAAAUACAGAGGGAUCUUGGAAGCAUCUUAACUACUGGCGCAUUUUUUAAGGAGUGUUUUGGACCAAAUGGAGAGUUAUUGACUGAGAUGAUAGCGGGGGACCGGUUGUAAAACCCAGGUUUCCUUGUAAGCUGCCAGCAGUCAGAUGAGAUGUGAAGCUGAGGUCCUGACCGCUUGCCAUCACUUCCGAUCCUGUGGAAUCGUCAGGAGAGCUGGAUGGUUUCCUUGUAGGGUCAAUGUCAGAUGGCUUUCUCAAGCUCCAUGAUGGUUUCGAGGAAGGUGGUGGCUUCUCUGCUGGUGGUGUACGUGGUGGCCAUGCUGGCUGAACAGACUGAAGGCUACCUAGCCUUCUUCACUCGCAGCGACAUCGAGAGGAUGCAGGAGAAACAGAGGAACAAAGCGCAGAAGAAAUCCCUGAUGUUGCAGAAGCGAUCAGAAGGCGGAGACGUUACCGAGCUCUCUGACGUGGAGCGUGUGGACGAGGGCGAGAUCAUCAAGCUGACUGCACCUGGAGAAACUGGAAUGCGGCUCGACCCUAGGCAGCUGGAAAAAUACCAGCACAUCCUGGAGGAACUGCUAACUGAGAUGCUACUGAACGCUCAAAAUGGUAACUGAUAUCCUCAGACCCAGAAGAGCAGGGUGAUACUGCUUGCUGGACUACAGGUCUACGCUUCUGCAAGACUAAAUCUGUAAAGUGCUUCAAAAGAAAAAAAUCUGAUGCAAGCUAAUAAAAU